AGACAAACCAUGGAUUCAGUAUUUGUGCCUGAAAAUGGCUACCUUGAUUUACUGCACAGUGAUAUUGACCCAGUGCAUCUGUGUACUUUCUUUGAUCCUAAGUCAUCUGGAGAUGAAGAAGGUGACUUCUCUACAGAUCUUGAAGUUGAUGCCAGCAACUAUGAACAGUUAAAUAAUAUGGAUUUCCCAUAUGAAAAUGGAGAUGGGUUCUACCCCUGUUGCAACACCACGGAUGCUUAUGCUAAAAUAGCUGAAUUAGUAGAAUAUGUGCUCAAGGAUCAGCAAGAGAAGCAGGUUGAAGACAUUUUUGCAGGGAACCUUAUUUUGGAUGACAUAGCUGCUGAAAACACUGAGAAAUUUCCUGACAUAAAGAUGCAGUCAUGUCUUAAACGAACUUUCUUAGGCUCUGCAGCAGAGAGUUACUGUGAUGCUUCAGAACCCAAAUAUAAGAAAAUUGUGGAAGUCCCUGCAGCUUCUGCGGGGAGUGGCAGUUUCUUUGCUAUGCCUCUCAACAGCCAUCCAGUGAGCUGCACCUCCCUAACUAACCAGCACAUGUCCUGUUCUGUUCCUGCUGCCCAUGGGCUGGAAAGGAGCCUCAUCAUUCCUGGAUUGUCGGAACCUUUGACCUCAGAGUACCUACCAGUCAAUGUGAAAGGGUACCAAGAGAAUCCAGGCUUGGCAGGUGCUCCUCAGCAGAUAUUUAACUUUGUUCUUGAAAAUGGCACAUCUGAUGUUGUAGUAUAUCCAGUGCUGCCAUCUUCCAUGGAAACAUUCAUGUCUCCAAGUUUUCCAGUUAAUUUAUGUGAUUUAGAGAAAUUUCAAGAAGUUCAAGAUUCCAUAAUUCCUUCUGAAGAACCUUUCAAAAGACCAGAGCAAGUGGAAACUUUCUGUUCAUCCCUUAAGGAUUAUUUCCGAGACACGUGCAAAUCUGUGACCAUGGAGCGGGAAGUAAAUCUGGAUCACCUGUUCAUUGAUGGGACACUUGUUCAAAGUCAAACUGAAACCAAGACUGGAAAGACCAGUGCAAAAGCAAUGGAAAAGGAGCUGGUAACCUGCAGCCUGCAAGAGAAGGAAAAGACAGCCAUUGAUAGAAGCCAAAUAUUUCAAAUCCCACAGCGUAAAGACUUAGAGACUAAAGUGAUUGCUGUGCUGGGAAAAGCAGGAAUGGGAAAAAGCAUUCUCAUUCAGAAGAUCUGCCAGGACUGGUGCAAUGGAGAGUUUUCUCAGUUUGAAUUUGUAUUUUGGUUUGACUGCAAACAAAUAAGCUUGCCUGAGAAGCAAUACAGCCUGAAGGAACUGCUGCUUGAAUUUUUUUUAAAACCUCAAGAGGGAAGCAAAGAGAUCUUUGAGUAUAUGUUGCAAAAUCCUGAUAAAGUCCUUCUGAUUUUUGAUGGUUUUAAAGGGUUGCAUGAUCAUGAGAAUUUUCCUCGUUGCUCAGGCAGCCAGCCUGAAAAGGAUUUGUGCAGCAUAAAGGAGCUGCUUUCAGGACUCAUCCAAAAAAAGAUACUCAAUGGCUGUACUUUGUUAUUUACAGCAAGACCAAAAGACAAACUGUACCAGUUCGUGUCCAAAGUGGAUAAGACUAUUGAAAUUGUAGGAUUUUCCCCUCAGCAGAGAGAAUUGUACAUAACCAAAUACUUUGAAGAAUCACUCUACUGUGAUUGUGCACUGAAAUUAAUCAAAGGGUGUGAGUACUUGUUCAGUCAUUGUUACAGUCCUCUUAUGUGUAGAUUUGUUUGUUUUCUCUGUGAGACAGUGCUUGAAAUGGGAGAGAAAAAUCUUCCUUCAACUCUUACAGAGCUCUUCCUGAAAUUUUUUCAGCAAAAGAUAAUGUUUAUGGAAACAGAUGUUACCACCACAGAAAAUCAAGAGAAUCUUGCUACCCUAGCUCGUGUAGCCUGGUGUUUUGGAGAAAAGCACCAAAGUGCCAUGAAAAGUGAUCUUAUUCCUUCUAAGGAAGUUAAAGAGUUUGCUCUGAAGUAUGGGUUUUUCCUGCCCUUUGCAUUCCCCAGACAUUCAGAUAGUGAAGAAGAGGAAUUUGGGUGCACAUUCUCUGAUUUUGUCAUUCAGAAUUUCUUGUGUGCGCUUCACCUUUUGUUAGCAGAAGAGCUCAAGGAUAAAAAUCUAACAAAGUACCUGUCUUUUCUAUCCAAGAAGAAAAAACCUUAUAACUGGUUAGAUUUAAUGCCUCGAUUUUUGGCUGGUUUGAUGUUUCUCCAGGAUGACCCCUCCUUCUGCUUUCUUUCAAAUGAGGAUGAAAAACAAUCAACCAAGAAGCAGAAGACACUCUUGAAAUACAUUAGAAGGCUGCAGAUUAAUACUCUCUGUCCAGAGAGGUUGCUGGAGCUUUUAUGUUGUGUUUAUGAAACACAGAACAAUUAUCUCCUGCAGCAUGUGGCCUUAAGACUCGAGCCAAAGUUGUCUUUUCUGGGCAUAGCUCUUACACCACCUGAUGUCCAUGUACUGCACUCUAUUUUGAAAAGGUCAAGAAAAGAGUUUUCCUUGGAUUUGCAGAACAGCAGCAUUGACAUGCAAGGGCUGCAGGCCUUGGUCAGCCUGAGGAAUGUGACAUCGUUCAGGGCUUCCCUCAGUGACACAGUCAGGCUCUGGAAAUCUUUAGAACAGACAAAAGACUACGAACUGCUGAAAGCGUCCACAGAGAAAUUUGUUCUUGAUCCCUUUAAGGCAAAGACAAUGAAGGACAUCAGUGACCUCUCCGACCUUGUAGAGAUGCAGGAGAAGAUGGUGAAUUGUGUGCAAGAAGCAUCUGGUUGCACCAGCUAUGAAAUUCCUGCCAUCAGAAACCUCAGAAAACUGGAAUUUGCGCUGGGUCCAGCAUGUGGCCUUCAAGGACUGCUAAAACUCGUGAAAAUUCUUGCAGCAUUUCCAUCACUUCAGCAUUUAGACCUUGAUGCUCUGAGUGAAAAUGGCAUAGGAGAUGAAGGAGCAAAGAGUCUAUCUGAAGUCUUUCCAAUCUUGACAUCACUGGAAACAUUAAAUUUAUCACAGAAUAAAAUAACAGACCUGGGUGCAGAGAGCCUCGCUGCAGCUCUCCCUUCCUUGUCUUCCUUAAAAACACUAAGCUUGUACAAUAACAACAUUUGUGAUUUUGGAGCAGAAAAUCUGGCAAAGGUUCUUCCUGCCAUGACAUCUUUAAGAGUGCUAGAUGUUCAGUAUAACAAAAUAACUGGUGUUGGAGCCCAGCAGCUGACUGACAGCCUACGACAAUGUCCCCAUAUGAAGAACCUGGUGAUGUGGAAUCCCACCAUUCCCUAUGGAGUUCUUGAACAUCUUCACCAGCUGGACCCCAGGAUCAGUGUGUAG